AUGUUCUCAUCGCCAUACAGUCCACAAACACACAUUGUGCCGGUGAUUCAUACAUGGCGCGACAUGUACGAGCGCAUUACCGCUGAGAAUCCGUUUGUCAAGUACAUACAGUUUUUUGAAAAUAAGGGUCAAGCAAUGGGAUGCAGCAAUCCGCAUCCUCAUGGCCAGGUGUGGGCUCUGGAUUAUGUUCCAUGCGAGCCUGCAACUGAAAUGCAGAACAUGAACGAGUUCGCCGCGAAUCCAAAUCAUAGUGACGCUCCCGGUCCGCGCGAUGCCCUUGGACGUCCGAACCUGCUUCUCGCUUACGCUCAUAUGGAACUUACAACAAGUGGAAGGCCGCGUGUUGUUUCGGUGAAUGAGGAUUUCGUGGCUCUAGUCCCAUUCUGGGCCACCUGGCCUUUUGAAAUCCUGCUCCUGCCUCACCGGCGCUUCAUUCCCUCCAUUCAAGACUUGUCGCAUUCUGAAAUACAUACUUUCGCUACCAUUCUGGGUGAGAUUACUUGCAGAUACGAUAACCUGUUUCAGACGUCAUUUCCUUACUCGAUGGGGCUACAUCAGCGGCCUGUCCUUUCGGCAAGCGACCAAGAAUCUGAGAGUGCUUUGCUACAUAUUCACUUUUAUCCGCCACUUCUACGAAGUGCAACUGUGCGGAAAUUUCUUGUUGGUUUUGAGAUGAUGGCAGAGCCCCAGCGUGACAUUACCGCAGAAAGGGCCGCUGCCCUUCUUUGCGCUUGUAGUACUACCCACUACCUUUCGAAAUAG